GGCCUCCGGGACAAAAGUGGCCGCGCGACUCAGGGCUGGUCCAGAGCAAGGAACCGCGGAAGGUUGGCCGGGGUCAGCGCGUGCAGCAUGGACGGAGACGUCGCCAGCAAGGCCGGGCUGCCCACCAGCGACCUGGAUGACUUUCUGCUGGAGUUCGACCAGGUGGUGCAGGACUUCGGCAAGAGGGGACCUUCACAGUAUGAGCAGCAUUUGGAGGAGCUGAAGAGGAGGACCCUGCCCAGCCUGUAUGACAGCGGCAUCGAUGACUCAGAGAGCCACAGCACGUCUCCUGGAAGCAGCUUGAACACCAGUGAGGAAGAUCUCAACACACCCACAUCCUGCUCCACUGCCAAACUUGGAGAUACCCGAGAGCUGGAGGACUUCAUUGCAGAUCUGGACAGAGUACUGGAAGAGAUGUGAAUGACCGUGUCCUCUUUUCCUGGCUGGUGUACUUUCCUGUUGCACCUUUGUCCUGUGUGGGCAGAAGGAAAGGGAUUCUCCUGGUCUGCUGUAGUAUCAAGCACCCAGCCUUGAAGAACCAGUGAACUUCAUCUCAUCAGACUUCAGGUGUCUCUUCCAAUAACCAGUCCCAAUUGCAACUACUCUUCAACAGAAAAAGUCAAUUUUGUAAUCAGGCUGGCUUGUCAUUUUGACUGUCUUCAAACCCAGCAGUGAAAGCAGGAAGAUGAUGGAGCUGUUUACCCCUUUGAUCAGCUUGGGGGGAGGGUGUAUUUUUUAAUCUGCAUAAUUUUUAAAUUGAACUGGCCCAUGACAAUGAACAACGUUAAUUUCGACUAAUACUUGGGGAAAGUUACAAAUUCAAAGAAGGCUGUGCAGGAAGGGGAAGGCAAAUGCCAGCUUUCUUCGGAGGAGACUCUGGGGCAUCAUCUCAUCAAGUAUGGAGAUUGUUCAUUUGCCCAACUUCCCUCCGCAAACCCUAAAAGUUUCUGAAACCAAUUCCACAACCACUUAAAAUUGGGUAGGGUUUAAAGCAUACAUGAAACUCUUUUGUGCUGGGUCUUCUUCAUUGUCUACAGAGGGAAUCGAUUUGUGCGCCUGGAAGAAUAGUUCUUGUAUUUAUUUGGUUCCUCUUGAAAGUAAUGGAGAAAGAUGAUAGAAGCAGUGUAUACCUCUUGGUGGCCCAUGUUUGUUUAUUGCUGAAUGAGGAUAAAGGCUUUUUUGUCUGUAGUACAUUCCACUGUAAAUAUUGUAAACUAGCGAAGUUAUCUCUCUCCAGUCUUAUUUGCAUCUAAAGUUUAUUUAAAUAAAGAACACUCUUGCAAA